UUCGCGCCAUUCGUGUGUCUCGGCAUUGUGGGAUAGCAUCAGGAGGUCAGCGGCGUUCCGGGUCAACUCCGUGUCUCACGUAAACCAUUUUCUCUGGACGUUAACGGAUUUUAACGGAUUCCAGCAAUGCGCGGAGAUGAAACGGAUUUGGAGUCCGUUAAAUCAGACGAUGGUUCGGUUCGGAGGAGUCUCGAGGCGCUUUGUCAGGAGCUCAAUAUGGACGAAGAGACGGCGGCAGAAGCGCUUCAGAACUUCAGCUCCAUCUGGAACACUUACACGCUCGAGGGUGAUGUCGUUCACUGGUUGGCCUGCUCUCUGUAUGCUGCCUGUAGGAAGAGCUCCAUCCCCACAGUGGGACGGGGUGUGAUGGAAGGCAACGGCGUUUCCCUUACAAGGAUCCUGCGUUCGGCGAAGCUCAGUUUGAUCCAGUUCUUCAGCAAGAUGAAGAAAUGGUCAGACAUGUCAAACAUCUCUCAGGAUUUCCGCAGCCGUGUAGGGCGACUGGAACGCAAUUUCGAAGUGUCCACAGUGAUUUUUCGUAAAUUUGAGCCAAUAUUUCUGGACUUGUUUCAGAAUCCUCAAGGUGAACCUCCCCGCCUGCCUAGAAGCCGCAAACACCGGCGUCUUCCAUGCCACAUCAGUGAUGUCUUCAAGUUCUGUUGGACUCUCUUUGUGUAUACAAAAGGUAAUUUCCAUAUGAUUGGUGAUGACCUGGUCAACUCCUAUCACCUCCUGCUCUGCUGUCUGGACCUGGUGUUUUGCAACGCUCUCAUGUGCUCCAACAGGAAAGAUCUCAUCAAUGAAUACUUCAGAGGACUGCCAAAGGACACAGAAAACUUGGAAGAAAUGCCCUGUGUCAUUGACAAGUUAUGUGAGCUGCAUGAUGGGUUGGUGGUGGAGGCCAAAGGCAUAAAGGAGCACUACUUCAAACCCUACAUAAAGACACUGUUUGAGAAAAGAAUAUUAAAAGGUGAUGCUGAGACUCUGACUGAAUUACUGGAUUCCCCAAAUUUCCAAGACAACAAUAAAGCCAUAAAUCGUGAGUAUGAGGAAUAUGUUUUGACUGUGGGGGAUUUUGAUGAGCGAGUGUUUUUGGGGGCUGACGCAGAUGAGGAGAUCGGCACACCUCGCAAGGCCACUGCUGAGCCUCCAUCAGGUCAACUAUCGGCCCGCAUGCAGGUGGAGAACAACCUUCAGCAGCACUUUGAGAAGACGCGUUCCCUUGUUCCCUCUACUCCUCUAACGGGUCGGCGAUAUCUGAAGGAGAAAGAGGUGCUGGUCACCCCCAUUUCCUCAGCUACCCAAAGUGUGAGUCGACUGCAGAGCAUGGUGUCCGGCCUCCGAAAUGCUCCAAGCGAUGCUCUGGUCCAAAUCUUUAAUUCCUGCUCUCGAAAUCCCACUGAAUCCAUUCUGAACCGAGUGAAGACCAUGGGAGAGAGGUUUAAACAGGCCUACACCAAACCCACAGAUGACCUGCCAGGAGCACAUAUGGAUUUUGCAGAGAAUCGUCUGAAGCUGGCGGAGAUCUUGUACUUUAAGAUCCUGGAGAAUAUCAUGACUCAAGAGAUGAAGAGAUUACAAGGGAAAGACAUGGCGGUCCUGUUGGAGCAGGAGGUGCUCCAUUGCUCUCUGUUGGCAUGCUGUCUGGAGGUGGUGCUUUUUGCGUACAGCUCUCAAAGAACCUUCCCCUGGAUUCUAGAAAUCUUCCAGAUCCCGCCAUUCUACUUUUACAAGGUGAUUGAGGUGUUCAUCCGCUCUGAGGAGGGUUUGUCCCGAGACAUGGUGAAGCAUUUGAACAGUAUAGAGGAGCAGGUGCUGGAAAGCAAAGCCUGGACCAAAAACUCGGCCCUGUGGACUGCGCUCAGUAACGCUAAUAACAAAGUCCCCACUGUAGAAGAGGUGAAUUUUCCCAGCAAUUUUGACACGGGCAACAAUGCAGGCGGUCCCACUCAACUUCCGUUGGUGGCGCUAUCCCCCAUCAUCCACCCUCGCAUCAGGGAGGUCCGCAUAGGCCUGGCCUCAAGUGCACGCAAAGACGUCCCUCAGUCUCCUAUCUCUCUCCACGACCGCUACAGCUCACCUGCAGCUGGCAGCGCCAAGAGACGCUUGUUUGACGAUCCUUCACCACAGUCCCCAGUGAAAAGAUUCUCAGUCACUCCCAUAAAAAUAAUUUCCAACACCAUGGAAAACAACCAGAACACCACCGCCACAACGACUGUCCUCUCCAUGGCAACCGGAAACGGCCAACAGCUCACCAUUCCACUGCCAAUGGUAAAGAACGAGACGGGCGGCAUCACAGUCAUCCAACUUCAGGCCAAUGAGAUGAACCCCCUCACCGCUCAAUUCUUACUGACGGCCUCUCCCAGCCGAACUGUAGCUCCACCCGCCAGCUCCGACACACAGCCCCCGGCCGUCAACAAACCCCGUCGCACAGGAUCCCUCUCUCUCUUCUUCAGGAAGGUGUAUCAUUUAGCCAGCGUGCGUCUGCGGGACCUGUGUCUGAAGCUGGAUAUCUCAUCGGAGCUGCGAGGGAAGAUCUGGACGUGUUUUGAACACUCUCUGCUGCACUUCACUGACCUGAUGAAGGACAGACACCUGGACCAGCUGCUGCUCUGUGCUGUCUACAUUAUAUCAAAGAUCACAAAAGAAGAGCACACUUUUCAGGACAUCAUGAAAUGCUACCGAACCCAACCUCAGGCCAACAGUCAUGUGUACCGUAGUGUUUUACUGAAGAGGCGUCCCAGAGAGCAGCAGACAGAUGAGAACAUGGAAGUGGAUCCACCAGUAGACCAGUCCAAUGAGAGGACGGAGCAGGCUGACAGAACAGAGACUGAAAGCGAAUCAGAGGAAAGAGGAGACCUCAUCCAGUUCUACAACUCUGUUUACGUGCUAAAGAUGAAAUCAUUCGCUCUUAAAUAUGCACAUUCCAUGCUUGACGGCAAGAUGGAGGCUCCUCCGUUAUCUCCGUUUCCGUCGGUUCGUGCUCAGCCUCUCUCUCCUCGCCGUGUAUCUCAGAGACACUCCAUCUUUGUUUCUCCUCAUAAAAACGGUUCGAGUCUCACCCCCAGUACGGCCUACACGUACAAGUUCACUGGCAGCCCAUCAAAGGAGCUGAGCGACAUAAACCAGAUGAUCCGUCAGGGUGGGGUGAGCAAGAAGCGGGCGUUCAACAUGGAAGGUGAUGAGACCGAGUCUCCAUCUAAAUGCCUGCGGCAAGAGAAUGACGACGUGCUGCUCAAACGCCUGCAGGAUGUGGUCAGCGAGAGAGCGAGUCUCUGACCUGUGAGGACGCCCAGUCUCCUUACAGACCCAAUAUAAAGCCAAAAACUCUUCCUAUGUGCUGCUCAAUGACUAAUGAGAUUGAGUACAUUAAUUAUGUCACAGAACAAUAGCAAAGCCAAAAACCAUCACGUGUUAUGACAGAUUUUUUUAAUACACCAGGAUUUCUGAAUAUCAGGGAGAUUGGUAUAAACUUAAUCAAUUUAUGCCGAAUCAAAGAAUCAUGUAUCAUGUUUUUUCAUGAUGCUCAUCAUGCUUUCAUAAAGACUCGAUUCUUACAUUACAGAGAUAUUCUGUAGCUGUAGUUUUCUCAAUCAAGAGUCAUGUGACCAUCGUUUUUGCAGUAGAAUCUCCCAUAUAUUAGUGAUUUUAUUUUUUUAUUUUAUUGUUUUUAUUUUAAUCAAGUUAUUUACUGGCACAAUGUUUGACAUUUUGUGUGUCUUUGGUGAACCUGCCAAUGGUCAAAUCAGUUUUGCGACCAUCCUGCAAAUCCUUAUAUUCAGUUGUGUGGUAUCUACACCUCUCAAUUAAUUGUAAUAUUUCUCUUUAACAGUGUUCUGUUUUCUGAAAUGGUCAUGUUUAUAGUGCAUUUUAGAUGUUAAAUUUGAUGGAUUGUUCCAUCUUGUUUAUGUGGUGUACAAUAACUUGUUCAACACCGUUUGUUUAACAGUGAUGCAGGUAUAAUUGUAUUAUUUGGUUUUGCUCAUGUAUGUUAUUUUAGUGACGUUUAUCGGUCAAAUGCUCAAAGGGGUGGAAGUGAAAAGAUCAUGCGACCAGUGCUAUAGCUAGCUGUAUCAGUAUUGUCGGUUAAUUUGGGAUUGGAAUUUAGUCUUGUACAAACGUCUUGUAUUUUAUCCAUUUAUGUUCUUUUGCCUUCGUCUGUCUCUAUCUGAUGUCCAACACUGUUGAUCUCUUUGCAGUUGGUGCUUUGUAUUAUAGCUCUGAAAUAUUUCUUUUGUUUGUUUAUACAAACUCCAUAUUUUAAACUUAGAAAUAAUCCUCUGCAUUGUUUGUUUUUCCACAAAAACCUUUAGCUUUAUUGUAAGUGUUGUUUUGACCAAUCAGCUGUUGGUCGGUUCUACAGUCAGUGCCUUAGCAUGUACAUAAUAAAAUGUUUUAUCAAUUCUCAAA